AUGGAAACAGCACGUGCAUGCAUGCCACAAGCUUUGUUAAGUUUGAUAGGAGUUAAGGUUGUUUCCAAUUGUGGAUUUGUGAGAUGGCUCCUAAUCCGUCCCAGAAAGGGGAGCAUUGUGACUGUGCUGAGCAUCGAUGGAGGAGGCAUCAGGGGCAUUAUCCCUGCCACAAUUCUUGCCUUUCUUGAAUCCAAGCUCCAGGAACGAGAUGGACCGGAAUCAAGACUCGCGGAUUACUUCGAUAUAGUUGCUGGAACCAGCACUGGAGGUUUGCUGGCCACGAUGAUCACUGCGCCCAAUGAGGAAAAACGCCCCAUAUAUGCUGCGAAAGACAUUGUUGACUUCUAUUUGCAGCACUGUCCUGGACUGUUUCCUGGUUGCAGGUUAAUUCUAAUUUUUGCAAUGUUUUAUAGAUACUCCAGUAUAAACAGAAGCCGCCAUAACUUGCUGAAGACAUUCAAGAACUUGUUUGGUCCCAAGUACAACGGGAGAUAUCUGAGGACAUUGCUAAGGGAACAACUAGGCGAGCUCACGAUAAAGGAGACGUUAACAGAUCUGGUGAUACCGGCCUUUGAUAUCAAGCGGCUUCAACCGGUUAUCUUCACUACUACAGAUGUAUGCAUCUUUUCUAUAUGCAUUCUUCUACCCCAAGUGGAUGCAAAAAUUAAUGCUCAUUUGCUUCAAAUUUUGGGGCAGGCAAAGGAAAAGGCUUACAGAAACGCAAAUCUAUCUGAUAUCUGCAUAGGCACCUCUGCAGCACCUACAUAUCUCCCAGCACACUAUUUUGAAACCAUUGAUGAAGGAGGAAAAGUCACCAGUUAUGAUCUCAUUGAUGGAGGGGUUGCAGCCAAUAAUCCUUCACAGACUCUGAUAGCCAUAUCCCACAUUUCCAGUGGAAUCUUGGCUGGAGACUCUGAGUAUGUGCAAAUGGAUCCACUAGACAGCAGUAAAAUCCUGGUCUUGUCUCUGGGUACCGGCAUAGUCAAGCAAGCGCACGAGUACAAUGCAGAGACAGCAGCCAGAUGGGGCUUGUUUGGAUGGGUGUACAAAAAAGGCAACAUACCAUUGCUCGAUGUUUUCGGUGAUGCAAGCUCCGACAUGGUCGACAUACAUGUUUCCACCCUAUUCCAAUCCCUCCAUACCCAGAACAAUUACCUCCGUAUCCAGGUUGUGUGAACCCCGACUAAAGUUGCAUUUUAGCACUAAAAAUUUAUGAAAUAUUGCUACAUGGGAAUAACUAAAAUUCUUAACAUUUGUAUACAUCGCAUAGGACAAUACAUUAUCUGGAGACAAGUAUUCACUAGACAUUGCAACUCCUGAGAAUCUUGAAGCCCUUGUUGAGACUGCAAAUCAACUGCUAAAGAAUCCGAUAUCGAGAGUGAACCUUGAAACAGGUGAAUUUGAAGAAAUUGAAGGAGAGGGGACAAAGAAGAAGCGCUUAUUCGAAUCGCAAGACAGCUUUCAGAGGAACGAGAGCUAAGACUAUCAGACGAGACGCUAAGUAUUGACUAACAAUUUAUCUCAAAGGAAUAAAGGUCUGAGGCUGGCCCUAAA